AUGGAAGGCGAGUAGUUAUAAUAAGAAGGAACUAAAAUUUAAUCAAAAAGCAAGCCUAUAGAUCCUGAAUUUAAUUUAGAUGAUGAAAAGGAAGCAUAAUAUGUGGAAGCGAGAGCUUUAGAAGAUCAACCUUAAAUAAAUUUAAAUGCUUUACCAACUAGACUUUAUCUUGAAAAAGCAAUUCUUCCUACUGUAUACUAAGCAUUAGAGGCUUUAGAAAAAGAAAGACCAAUUAAUCCUAUAGAAUUCUUUUCAUAUUAUCUAAUUACACAUAAUCCUUAUUCUUAAUAACAUGCUAAAGUACCCUUAAACAGUUAAGAAUCAAAACCUGUUAUAGCUCCAACUUAGGCUGAAAUUAAAUGA